AUGCGGUUCCUGCUGUCAGUGUGGCGCGCGCGGCGCGGCGGCGUGGACCCCUGGACUGCGCAGCGCGAGGUGUCGGUGCUGUAUGCGCGCUUCUAUGCGGCACUGCUGGGCGGCAUCCUGCUCACGUACCAGCUGCAGAGGCGAAUGCCGCUGCUCAUGUUUGCCUUCUUCUCCUACUGGUGGCCCCAGAUUGUGCUGUGCGUGCGCUCCGACUGCCGCCAGCCCCUGAAGCCCGAGUUUGUGCUGGGGACGAGCGUGGCGCGCCUGGCGCUGCCGCUGUAUGUCUACGCCUGCCCCUCCAACCUGCUGAGAGUGCAGCCCAACCUGACGCUCUGCGCUGGCCUGGUGGCCUACGUGGGGCUGCAGUGCGGGCUGCUGCUGGCACAGCACUGGUGGGGGCCGCGCUGCUUCAUCCCAAAGCAGGCGAGAAACACUCCCUACGGCGGCAGUAUUGCUGCCGCCAACGACAUUGAGACCAGCGAGGGGAGCAGGGAAUGCGUGAUUUGCAUGGCCCAGGUGGAUGUGUCUGACAAGAGCGACCGCGCCGUGACACCCUGCACCCACGUCUUCCACCGUUCCUGCCUGGAGCGCUGGCUGAGCUACAAACAUGACUGCCCCACUUGCCGCCGUGCACUGCCCCCGCUGUGA